UCAACAAUUCUUCUUCCUUGUUCUGAUUCUUUUACUCCAUUUCUCACAUGCUUAUAUCUUCCACUGCCCACCUUCUUCGUGUGGCGAUAUUCGCCACAUUAAACACCCUUUCCGCCUCAAGGGCGAUCCAUGGCACUGUGGCUAUCCCGAGCUUUAAUUAGGAUGCGAAAACAACGUGACAUCCAUGUAUCUCAAUUCCCACCAAUACUAUGUCAAAGCAAUCAGCUACACCCCCUCCACCAUAAGGCUGGUUGAUGCUUCCCUCAACAACCAACAUAACUGCUCCUUCCCCACCUCUUCUGCAUAUCACUAUAACUUCACCUCUGACUUACAUAGCCAUUAUCGUUAUCUAACCGAUACAAAUUCUAGCUAUCCAGUUCAUUUGAUGAGCUGCCCAUAUCCAUUGCAUAAGAUGUUACUACUCAUUGUGCCUCUAAUUCGUCAAUGUAUGCUUAUAUCAAGGUCGGAAGCAUGCGCGCCUCUGAGGUACCACGUUUGUGCAGACUAGAUCUCAUAGUGAUGACAUCUUGGCCGGAAUUUAAGGAUUUGAAUUCCUCAUCAUCAUUGUCACUCUCUGAAAUCCACCAAUCUCUCUUGUAUGGAUUCGAACUUGAAAUCUGCCUCUGGUACAAAACCCCCUCAAAGUGGAUUGCUCUCUCGAUGCUUGAGGUCGUUGUAGGUGUUUUAUGUGCAGGGGCAUGGCUUCCUACAAUGUUAUUUGUAUCAAUGCUCUUAUAUCAUAUUGCCUUUGGACAAUCUGCAGUCUACAUGUAUGUUGGAAUGGACGUUGGAAUGGACGCUGGAAUAGCCACAGGCCACUUCUUUGCAACAAGAUUCGCCAUUAUCCCUUUGGCUCUGGGGUUUUUGAUCUACAAAUUCCGGAGAAGGCAUUUGUCCAUAUAUGAGGCAAUAGAAUCCUUCCUACAAAGCAAUAACGAACUGGCACCAAUUAGAUACUCCUAUUCCGACAUUAAAAGGAUGACCAAAGGAUUUCAAGAUAAAUUAGGCCAAGGAGGCUAUGGUCAUGUUUACAGAGGAAAACUCCGAAGUGGAAAUGAUGCAGCAGUAAAAAUGCUAAGAAAAUUAGGAGGAAAUGAGCAAGACUUUAUGAAUGAAAUUGCAACUAUUGGGAGGAUUCACCAUGUCAAUGUGGUGAAACUUGUUGGAUAUUGUGCACACAGCUCCAAACGUGCCCUUGUGUUUGAUUUAAUGUCAAAUGGUUCCUUGGACAAGUACUUAUUCAAUCAAGAGAAAAUGGAUUCCUUACAUUGGGAUAAGAAGUUUAAUAUUGCAGUGGGAGUGGCUCGAGGGAUUGAAUAUUUGCACCGAGGUUGUGACAUCCAAAUUCUGCAUUUUGACAUCAAACCUCACAAUGUACUUCUCGAUAAUAACUUCAUCCCAAAAGUAUCAGAUUUUGGGCUUGCAAAAUAUUUCUCCAAAGAAAAGAAUAGUGUGACCUUGAGCGCAGCCAGAGGCACCAUAGGCUAUGUUGCUCCGGAAUUGAUCAACAGAUGUAUUGGUGCAGUCUCAUACAAAGCUGAUGUGUAUAGUUUUGGAAUGAUGCUAAUGGACAUAGUUGGCUUAAAGAGAGAUUUGGUUGGAAACAAUGAUAGUUCUAGCAAGUAUUUUCCGUAUUGGAUAUAUGAUCACAUCAACCAAGGCAAGGACUAUACUGAAAUUGGAGGUGCUGAUGAAAAUGACGGUGCGAGGGAAGUUUGUCGGAAGAUGACAAUAGUUGCAUUGUGGUGCAUACAAAUGAAUCCAGAUGAUCGUCCAUCGAUGAAUAAAGUGUUGGAAAUGUUGGAAGGAGAUGUUGAGUGUCUGCGGAUUCCUGAAUAUCCAUCUCAAUCAACGCAGAUAGUAGCAAAUGCAGAUCAAACCGGAACUACAUGUUCGUCUGAUUAUGUGUCAUUUCCACAUCAUCAUGAUGAUUUUCCCAGUGUGGAGAUCACUGUGCAUGAGUGAUCAAGUUUGCACGU